AUGGGAGCUGAUGUAAACAAAGAUGACGGCUGUAAUACACCACUGAUAGCUUCAUGUAAAAGUGGAUGCUUGAGUAUUGUUAGCGAACUAAUACAAAACGGUGCUGAUGUCAAUCUGGAUCAUGCAUCGUUUACCCCAUUAGCAGCUGCCUGCGAAAACAAGCACUUGGAUGUGGUUCUAGAGCUGGUGAAAGCUGGAGCAGAUGUCAAUAAACACAUUAAAUAUGCACCAAUAAUAGCUGCAAGUAAAAGCGCCGGAUCAGAUGUCAACCAAAGUGAUAGUGAGAACAAUACGCCUUUGGCAACAGCAUGGAAUCACGGUUACUGGAGUAUAGUUAAUGAAUUGUUGAAAGCAGGAGCUAAUGUCAUUCUGAGCGAUAAAAUUAAAUAUGUACUACCAACGGCAUGUGUAGAGGGACAUCUCGAUAUUGUUAAAGCUUACAUAAGAGCUGGGACGAAUGUCAAUCAAAGCUAUGGAAAGCAAACUCCGCUGACAGCUGCCAUCAAAGAGUUAAUAAACACAGGGGCUAAUAUUAAUUUUAGAAAUGCAAAUCAAACACCACUUACAGCUGCCUGUGCCUUUGGGCAUACACAAGUUGUUGAAGAGUUGAUUAAAGCUAAUGGUGAUGUCAAUCUCAACAACAAAUAUGGAAAAACGCCGCUAACAAUAGCCCUGGAUAGGGGGCAUAUUGACAUAGUCAAGGUCUUGAUAAAAGCGGGAGCUGAUGAUAAUCUAAGGGACGAAAUUAUUACAUGUAUUUGGCUUCACGAAUCAGGUGUUUUGGGUGCAUCAUCUGAUGGCUUUGUCCAGAGAGAUUUUUACAAAACUGACAUUGUCCACCUUCAGCAGAACAACCAACCAGCAGCUCUACCGGCUAUCCUAGAGGUCAAGUGCCCAUUUAAAGCUAAGGGCAAGACCAUAAUGGAGGCGUGCCCCUCCGUCAAAGAUUUUUUCUUGGGUAUUUAG